AUGAUUUAUCUAAACAUUGUUAUUUUGAUUGGUUUAGUUUUGCUAACAAAACAAGCAAUAAAAGAGACUCCUUUAGAAAAAAAUGCAAUUUUUGAGAAGUGUCUCUAAUACGAAAACGGAAAUUGUAAAUUAUGUGAAACUUAGACAUUUUUGUUCAAAUUACCUCAAGAUAAUUCUGAAUUGGGUUUGAAAUAAGGCACAAAAAUAUGUGUAUAAUGGUAAAUUUAGUACUAAUUAUUUAAUAGUCCAUACAAUGGGUUCCAUGAUAAAAGUAAUUUAUAUUGCGGUGAUUGUCUUGACAAUAGUUAAACUUGGGAUUAGACUAGAUUAUGCACUUAUGACUAUAAGGCGAAGACAAUGUCUGAAGGAUCUGUAUUCCACAAAGUGAAUAGAAGUGCAAAAUAGUUGUUUUAUAUAAUUGAAUCUGGUACUAAAGAAGUAUUUAAAAAUUUCAUAUUAAGUACUCUACUACAAUGUGUGAGGGUUGUGCUAACUUUUGUAAAUCUAAGAGCUAAACAUGUUUCCCUGUAUCGUUACAAUAUUAGUAUGAUUUGAACAAUCUAUUUAUUGCGUGUGCAGAUGGUAUUUCAAAAUUUAAAAUUAAGGAUUCGCAUAUAAUGAAGUAACAAGUGGAUGUGAUUCUUGUCCUGAAAAUUGUUAGUCUUGUGAAAUCAAUAUAUAAAGAUAAAUUGAUAGUGAUGGGAAAGUCACAAUUAAUACAAAAAAGGAUUGUUUAAUUUGUAAUAAAGGAUUUAGUUUGAUGACCACAAGACUAAUUCUAAAUAGUCCUUAAACAUAAAGUUAAUGUAUUCCAUGUUUUCCUGGAUGCAAUGAAUGCUUCUUUGGAAAUGAUAAAGUCAAUUUAAAUACUGAACCAUGGGAUGAUUACAAUAAUCAUUUGGAUUUAAUUUUACCACCUAAUAGUUAACCAACCAGCAAUGCUUAUAUUAAAUUAGCAUCUUUUGGAAUAUUAUAAAGAUGUACAGAAUGUGUUAGUACAUAAUAAAAUACUUAUGUACCUUCAUUGGAUAAAUUAAUGUGUGUUAGAUGUGGAACUUCUUGUAAGAAUUGUGAAUAUGUUUCAUAUACAUUAUCUGAAAAUAAAUAGUAAGCUUUAAUAUAAUAUAUAUUAUAGUCCUACUAGAAACAAAAAUACAGUUAUUGAGAUUACUGACACAACAAAAUCUUAAUAUGUAUUGAGAUGUAGAGAAUGUGAAAGUUAUUUUUAAACAUUCUCAGCAACAGGAACUGGUUGUGUAGAUUGUACAGUUCCCAAUUGUAAACUUUGUCAUAUGGUUGGUGAUCCUUAAGCUGGAGCAGAUAGUUCCUUUUCUACUUUAAAUCCAGAUUUUUAACCAUUAGAAAAGGAAGAAUUUGCAAGUGAAAAAUGUUUAUUAUGUAAUGAUUACUUUUAUUUGGAUUCUGAUGGCAAGUGUAAAUCUUACACACCUACUCUAACUGAUAUUCCACUUGCAUGUUUGACAUUUUAAAAGGAUUCAAAUGCUAAAUUUUAAUGUAGAAUUUGUGAUGUUAAAUACACUUUAUAAUUAUCAGAAGUAACAGGUUAAUGGGAAUGUGAACGAACAUGUUAAGAAAAAGUAUAAGAUUAUCUUUGUUAAUCUUGUUUAUUCAUUAAUGAUAGUUACAGAUGUUUAUAUUGUUUAGAUGGUUUUUAUGUUGAUAUUGUAAGUGGUAAAUGUCUUCCUUGUUCAGCCAAUGGAUUUUGUAAAGAAUGUUACAGAUUUUCACUUCUUAGUAUUCACAGAACUGAAUAUUAUUUAUAUACAGAUGAUGGUGAUUCAAAUGUUUAUGGUCCUUAUUGUUAUACUUGUACAGCAGGUGAUAAUGAGAGAGGUCCUUUUUUGAAUGAUGAACUUAGAUAUUGUGAAAAGGGAGGAGAAGCAUGUUCAAAUUUUUCUGCUAAAGGAAGUCAAGGAUAUUGUGAUUAAUGUGAUUAUACUAAAUUGUCUAGUUCAAUAGCAAGAUCAGCUUCAUUAGAUGAUUCAGAUUGUAUUGAAUGUCCUUAAUUUACUGUUGGUUGUAGAAUUAGAACAGUUGAUGAGAUUGCAUUAGUUAAUAAGUUUUUCAAUCCUACAAAUUAAAAGUAUGAAGAAUAUUCAAGAUUGGCAUUUAUUUGUGAUUCUAGUUCAUCAUAUUAUUUAGAUAAUAAUUUAGGUAGAUGUAUUGAAAAAUUCGAGGGAAUAAAAGAAUGUGUACGUUCUGAUGUAAUUGAAAUAGAAGCAGAUUGCACUCAUUAUGAAGAUGAUGUAGAUGAUAAAUGGAAGAUUAAUUCUUAAUUUGGAGAUAUUACUUAAAAAAAUACAAUAUUUAAUUUAGAAGAUAAAAUAGAUAUUCUAUAAAGAAAUUAAUUAUAUAUUGAUUACAAUGAAAAAGUUGUUAGUAAAUUAACAAUUCAUUUAAAAUUUAAUUAUGAUGUUGAUACUAAAAAUAAUAAAUGUUAUUUCUAAAAAAAUACAUAUUUCACUACUAAUUUUAGAAGAAAUGUAUUUACUUUAUAAGAGAUUGAACUUCAUAUAUCAGUUAUUGGGGCUCCAGAAACAGAAAAGAUAUAAUGGUAUGUUUAAAAUACUAUUUAUUUUGAAUAUUUUACAACUGUUAAAUUGAGUUAGAUUGAAAUUCUACCUGCUACUGAUUUAGAUCCAUUAAAUAUGUAUUCUAAUGUAAUGAAAUAUGAAAAACCAUUUGGAUUUGAAUUUCUCAAAAAUGAUGGUUCUAAAUUAAUUUUAGAAAAUGUUAAAAUUGGAAAUGGAUUAGCAUAAGAUCAUUAUCAAUCUUUGUAAUAUACUACUUCUUAUAGUGAUAUAUCACAUAGCCUUAAAAAAUAUAAACCUUUUUAUACUAUCCUUCUUAAUACAUAUGAUAUAUAAUUCUAUAAUGUAUUAAUUACAUCAUAAAAUUAUUUAUUAGGAAAUGAUGUUGCUUUCUAAGCUUAACCUUUUGGACUCACUUAUAAUGAAGAUGUUAAAUUACCAUAUUUUAAUAUUAAAUUAGAGAAUGUAAAAUUCUAAGAUUUUUCUGUUGAAAGUUAAGCAAUAUUUGAAUUAUAAGAUAUAACUCUCAUAACUCAACCAGAAUGGAAUAGUAAAAUCUAUCUAAAAAAUGUAAUCUUCAAUGAUGUUUAUUUUAUAAAUGAUGGUGCAUUCCUUAGUACAUAAGUCUAAAAAACUUCUACAGGUAUGAUUUUAAUAGAAAAUCUAAAUUUCAAUAAUGCUGAAUACAAUAAUUCAAGAGGUAUUGUUAAUUUUUAAACUAUGUAAAAAAUAUCUAUAUCUGGUUUUGAAAUGACAAAUAGCAGAGUUAAUUAUACAUCUCUAUUUUAUAUCACAACCAUUGAUAUUAAUAGAGUUUAUGUUUACAAUACUACUUUUACAUAUUUUGGUAAAAUAUUUGAAACUUAAUUUGACAUCAUAACUAUAAGAGCUAAUGAUCCUGAAUUCUCUGGUCUCAAACUUAAAUUUUAAGAUAUGGAAUUUGUUGAAAUUAAUUGUUUAUAUCCUGCUUGUAUUAUGUUAUUAUAAACAAUAAAAAAUGAUUAUGAAUUACCACUAAAUAUUAGUAUGAAAAACAUUAAUGUUUAAAAAAUAAAAACUUAUGGGUUUAAUGAAACUAUUGUAGAAGCUGCAACUAGUGCUGCUAUUCAAGUUUAAAAGUCACAUACAUUAUUAGUUGAGAAUUUCAAUAGUAUUCAGAAUCCUAAUCUAACUAUUUUUUAUACAGAUUAAAUUUAAGAAAUUACAUUUAUUGAUUUAAUAUGUUCACAGAAUGAAGGAUUGACUAUACGUAAUAACUAUUGUUUAUUCUUAAAUAAUUUCUAUAGAAUAGUAAGGUUAAUUAAUAUAGAUCUUUUAAAUUUGAAUGGAAUUGACAACUCUUUUAUAGGAAUAUCAUCUUGGAGUAAUCUUGUUUAUAACACUAGUAGUGAUACAUUUCAUGAACAAAUUACUAUUGAAAAUGUAUUUGUAAAAUAAUGUACUUUAACAACAACUGUUUUAGCUGUUCCAUCUAGUGCUAUUUUAAUAGAUUCAACCUAAGAAUAAUAUUUAUUAAUAUCAAACCUUUAUUUUGAAAAGAAUAGACAUUAUUCUGCAUCUUACUUGAAAGGAACUCUAAGACCUAGUAAUCCUACAUUUUUAAUCAGAAGUGUAGUUGGUACAUUACAAUUAUAGAAUUCUUUUUGGAAAAAUAAUUAUGUAAGUGGAUUUGGAGCAGUAUUAUAUUUAGAGUGUGGAAUUCAAAAUGUCAAUAAUAUCACAAUGAUUAAUAGUAAUUAUGAUCCUGCUAUAUUGGAUAAUGAAGAUCCAUUUACAUAUGAUAUUAAUCAAGUAGCUGAAGGUGGACAUAUUUUUAUAGCUGGAUAUAACAUUCAAUUGUUAAAUUCAAUAUUUACUAAUUCUACUGCCAAAGUUGGAGGUGCUAUCUAUUUGAAAGCAUUAAAGGAAGGAUAAGGAUAUAUAAAUAAUACUAUCAUUAAGAAUGGUUUCACUCCUAUGAAUGGGGCAGUAGUAUCUAGAGGUGGUUGUAUAUAUAUCGAUUCAACAUAUUCAUCAUUGAAUUUAUUAUUGGAUAAUAUGGAAUUAAGUAAUUGUAUUGCUAGAGCAGAUGGUGGAGGAAUUUAUUUAACUGCUUCAGAUAGACAAUAAUUAUUCACAUUCUAAAAUUCUAUAAUUUCUAAUUGUUAUGGAUUGAGUGGUACUUCAAUUAAAGUCAAAUUUGAUGAUAGAACUUAGUAAAUUUAAAAGACCAAAUUAUAAGAUAUCAAAAUAUCUGGUAAUUAUACAAAUGCUCUUGAUUUCUUUAGCAAUUUAAGUAAUUUUCAAAUAAUAGAAGAGUUUCUAUUUAUAAAACGAUUAGCUGCAUUUGAAUAAGAUAAUGGUUAAUUUGACCUUUAAAAUCUUUAUAGUGAAGGUUUAUAUUUUUAUGGUUUGAUAUCACUUGUCAAUCCUAAUCUAGUUAGAAUAAAUACAAUAGAAUCAUAACAUGGAGUAUUAUCAUAUAGACCAUAUAUAGAAAUACUUGAACCAUUAGUGAAUCCUGUAGUAAUAGAUUCAAUUCAAUUUCGUAAUAUUUCAUCAAUGAAUGUUAGUGUAAGUUGUAAUGAUAUUAAACUCACAAAUGAAUAGAAUGCUUAUUGUAAGAUUUUAUAAUCUCGUGUUGAUUUUCCAGAAUAUGUUAUAAAUCCAGCAAUGAUGUUGGUAGAUUAAAUAACAAAAAAUACACCAUUAUUAUUAAAGAAUUUAUUUAUAAAUAGAGUUAAAUGUUAAGAAUGUUAUGGAGGAUUAGUAUAGGUGAUGAGAGUAUCUAAUAGUGAUCUUAGAUCCUUAGUUUAAAUGAGUGUGUGUAGAUGUUCAAAUACAUAAGCUGGAUAUUAUGGAUGUUAUAUGAUAUCAUCAGCAUAAUAUUAAACAAUUUUAACAAAUGAAGACAAUAGAAUUAAUAUUAAUUUUAAAUCUGCCCUUAGUUUAGAUAAUAUUUUAAAGUAAACUGGUUUGAAAAGUAGAAGAAGGAGAUUAUUAUAAGAUGAAAUAUUGCCUAAAGAUUUUGAUUAUCCUGUACCAUCUCCAUCAUAUUUGGCUCAUGUUGUAGUGGAUUCAAUGAAUAUUUAAGAUAUUAAGGCAGUUCAUGGAGGUGGUCUCUCAGUUUAUGGAUUAACAGUCAAUAUCACAAAUACUUAUUGUACUUAAGCUAUAGUAAGUGGAUAAGGUGGUUGCAUUUAUUAUGAAGCUUUAGCUAAAAAGGAUAGAGUUGUCUAUCAAAGGAUGAAUAUAGCUAAGAGUGUAUUUUUUAGGAAUAAUGCAAGUAUAGGUGGAGCUAUUAGAGUGAAAGAGAGUGGAAUAAAUUUGUGGAACAAGACAGGAAAUACUAUGUUAUAGAAUUAUGCUUUGUUGUAUGGAAAUGAUGUAGCUGGAUAUCCUACACAUUUAGGAAUACUUAUUAAUGGAGAAUUGCAACAUUCUAGUAAUCUCAAUAAUAAUACAGGAUGGUUACAUUAUCCUCUUGUAAUCAAGAGUGGUUAAUUAAUGUAAGACUUUGAAAAUCAAACAGUUUUAUUAGUUUAUUUAGAUUAGAAUGAUGAAAUUAUGAAAUAUUAAUUUGAAGCUUAAGCUAUUAUGUAGUCUAAUAUUAGUAAUUCUAUAUAAGGAGAGCCUCUCAGAAUUUUUAAUUUAGAUCAAUAAGGAUUUGUAUAUUCCAACCUUCAAAUUUUAUUUGAUCCUUAUUAAAAUGUUACAUUAGACAUUAUUUUGAACAGCUCUUUAGUUAAUAUUCCUCAUUAUUAUACUGAAUAUCCAUAUUAAUUAAUGGGAUUUGAUACUGGAUAUACACUAUAAGCUAGAGUAAGAUCUGUUGAAUGUGAUCGUGGAGAAGCUUAUAAUCCAUAAUAAGGUUCUUGUAAUCCUUGUCCUAUUGGUUAAUAUGUAUUGGUUUACAAAGGAAUUUGUAAAUAAAUAGAUGAAGGAUCCAUGAAUUAUACAGUUAGAAAUAAGAUUAGUUUAAAAUAUAAUUAUUGGAGACCUGAUCAUUUAAAUGAUCAAGCUGAGAGAUGCAAAAAUAAAGUAAUAAAUUGUAUUGGAGGAUAUAAUGUUGGAAAUGAUGUAUGUAUAGAAGGAACAAUAGGAGCAUUAUGUGAAGAAUGUGAUAUUCAUGGAACUUUUUGGGGUAAUAAAUAUAGUAAUUCUGCAAAAUAUGAAUGUGGUGCUUGUUAAGAUAAUACUAGAAAUAUCAUUAUGAUAUUAUUUUUAUCAAUUUUCACUUUAUAUUCUACAGUUACAACAGUAGAUGCAAAUAAAGAAAAAAUGAGAAGUAUUAUUCUUUAUGACAUUUUCAAAAAGUUAGGAUGGGCUUCAUCUUAAAAUGCAGGAGCCAAUGCUGCUGUUCUUAUAAAGAUAUUUAAUAAUCAUACUUAAAUUUUAUCUAUUCUAAGUGGAUUUCAAAUUGAGAUACCAACUGGUGCUGUAGAUUCAGUAAAUACUGUAAGUAUGCCAGCAAAGACAGUAGGAAAUGCUUUAGAUUGUUUUUUAGCUGAUGAUACAUGGGGUAUUGAUUUAAUUUACUUUCGUAUAAUUUGGUCAUUUAUUAUGUAAGGUUUUUACAUAGUAGCAAUACUUGUUAUUAUGUUUAUAAGAUAUGGGGCAGAAUUUAAAAUUCAAUAGGUAUAAACUAUGGCUAUUUAUUUGUUUUUACUUUUGCAACCCAAUUAUGUAAUGGAAUUUAUGACUUUGAUUUCUAGUCGAGAAAUAUCUGGUAAUAUGUAUAUAAUGGCAAAUGUUUCAUAUCGAUAUGAUACUUUUAAACAUGAUUAAUGGAUUGCAGCCUUUGGUGUUCCUGGAUUAUUAGUUUGGUUGCUCAUAUUACCAGUUACAUUUUGGUAUAUUUGUUAUUAAGGUGCACAAUAAAUGAAAUUGAAUUCUAUUAUUUUUCGUUCAUCAUGGGGUUUCUUUUAUUAUGAAUACAGUAGAAAUAGAUAUUAUUGGGAAUUCUUGAAGAUAUUCUAUCGUUCUUUAAUAAGUGUCUUGAUUUGUUAUUUCUAAGAGGAAAUCAUUGUAAAAGUAUAUUUUAUUAUAAUAUUUUAAUAGGGAAUUCUAUCUUUUAUUGUAAUUUAUGCCUAUUAUGGAUUGAGUAUUCAUUUCAAUCCUUAUGAUCUAAAAAAAUUAAAUUUAUUAGAUCAACUCUCUGCAGUAGUCUUGUCUCUCUCCUUAGUUGUAGGUGUCUUCCUAUAUAGAACUAUAUAAAUCAAUUUCUUUGGUUUAACUUAUGCUGGAUAUGUAGUAAUUGCCAUAUUGAAUGCAUUCUUCUUAUUACUCCUCUUUUACAAUCUUUUUGAGGAAAAGUUUUAGGAAUUUGCUCUGUCUUUAGAUUAAGUUAGAGAUAAAAUAAAAGAGAAAUAUCCUCAUCUUUAGCACAAUCAACAUCUUGGACCUCUUCUUUAAAACCGUACAAAAUUGAAUCAAAAGGCCAGAGUAAUGUGGAAUCAAUUAAGUAAAAUUGUAAACAGAAGUAUAGUAAAUUGGAGAUAAGAUAAGUCAAAACCUUUAGUAUUUUCUGUUUAGUAAUAUAUGAAUAUAUAUUUUUAGUGUUGAUACUCCUGCCAGUGAAUACAAUAAUUAAAUCAAUUAAAUUCAUUAAGAAUUUGAUUCUUAAUAUGAGCCUCAAGAAUUAGUUUAAUCUAAAGUGAUCGCUUAAAAUUCUUAAGAUAAAUCAAAGGAUGAAGUCAAAAGUGGAAAAUAGCAAAUUUGAG